UUGAUCAGCUUGAGUUCAUGAAUUCUUACACAGUUACUCAUUCAUGUUUUCAUAUUAAUACACAUCAUUGCUCAUAUAUCUGAAGCCCAGGAGCUCCAUGUUUCUCCCAGUGUUAUGUAGUUGUAGAUGUGUCCUGUGGAUGGAGACAGUGGAGCUCAUGUAGACCAGCUGCUCUGAAACAGGAUGCAACAUAUUGAGAUUAUUCCCCCAACCUGAUGGUCAUUCAGUCUUUCAGUCACAAUACUGUGACUGAAAAACAAAACAAAUCAGUGAUUUAUCAGUGUCUGCAGUUACUGGGGGAGAUGAACAAAUUUAUGAAAUGUAAAAAAAAAAAUUAAAAAAAAAAUCAGAAACAGCUGAUAAUGGCUGAGCAGGGAACCAGAACUAAAUUCAAGAAAUUAACAGUUACAUUAAGAUUGCAGAGAUUUAAGAUCAAAACCACAUUUUUUGGAAAAAGGGAAUUAGCUUUAAAAGUGGACUCUUUUGGAAAUAGAAUUCUGCUUGGUGUUUGGAUGCAUGCCGAAUUUUGAGUCUUUUAUCAAAUGGCAAAAAGAUUGUUGGUGCUCCUCAAUAUCCCCGUGAAUUUCUGCAGGCAAGCGUCAAGCCAUUAUGAAAUUUGGGAUUUUUUUGAAUGGAGUUUGGUUUGGACGUCAUGUGUGUUGGGGUUAGAUCCAGCUGUUGCACUUGCGCGCAUCGUUACCUUUAAGAUGCUCGGGGAUAAAGCGUUGUUUUAGCUAAACCCGACACCAUUUUAGCGAAGAGAGACUUUGGUCCGUCCGGUGGACGCGGCCCGGAUGACAGGACGAGUGUUUUUAGAAGCACCGGUGGAUUUUCUCCUUAAAACGAAGUGGGGGAAUUAACGGCCGAGCUAAUUCUAUAAAUGUCGGAUUUCAUUAUUUGUCGGCCUACCGAGCAGUGGCGGCGGCGGCGGGGGCGAGAGGGACGCGACGAGAGGAGAGGAGGAGACGGGGUCCACUAGGAGAGGAGGGUGCAUACACAAAAUACUUUCCCUUUAAAGCGGAGAGGGACAGAGGGGGUGAAGAAGAGAUAAAAAAAGAAAAGGAAGAAAGACAGAGAGGGAGGGAGGGCGAGGGAGAGAGUGAGAGUUUGAAAAAAAGAGAAAGAUGUCAUCCUGUCGAUUGAAACACCGAGGCGGAGCCAUGGACCGCGGCCGACCAGGAGCUCUCUAGUUAGGCGACGAGCUGUACGCAACGCCGAGGCUUGGAACCCGACGCCGCGGCCUUUUCGGAGCUAACGCAAAAUAAAUGACUCCCGAACAGCUGCUGACUAUGAUUAGCACGUUUCGACUACUCGUCCAUCUUCUGUAUAAAAAUAAUCUCUAUUUUGCAUGCAAUUCAACAAAUUUUAUUACAGUAGACAUAAGCAAAAAUGCACCAUUAAAGCAAGCAUGAUAUCAACCAUUUUGUCGCAUUUACCAAAGCAUUCUGUCAGUGCCUGUUUAAUGCCAACAGAUAUUAAUUCAUAACUCAUAGCAGCCUAAUCACUAAUAAGUGUUGGUUGAUUGAAGCUAAAUAUCGUCCGGUGUCAUUUUAUAUUUCCAUUAAUUAAUCCGGGCAGGUAGAGAGGAGCUGCCGUACAGGCCGCGGACUGUGUUUUCAUAGCUGCAGUUGGAACAUUUCUUCCCGGGCUCCGUUGCCCUCCUCCCUCCCUUCUUUGGUCCCAGCCUGGUUAGCUUUUACUGCUUCAGGAUGGACACCUCCUGGAGUAAUUUCCUCUUUCAGACGCCGCCGACCCAGAGCCAACCGGACACGCCUCUUCAGUCAGAGCUGCUGCCUGAGCUGACGGGCUCGGCCCAGAGUCCUCCUGCUGAGCACAUCGUGACGCCGCCGUCCACCGUCGACACCGCCGCCCUGAGCGAGGAGCCGCUACCUGUCAAACCGCUCACCAAACCGAGCCGGCCCGCCCACAUCUGCGCCACCUGCAACAAGGAGUUCAAGAACAGCUACAACCUGCGGCGGCACCAGUCGGUGCACACGGGCAUCAAGAUGAAGGACCGAGCCGCCCGGGAGAAGGAGGACGGAGGGAAGGGAGGACGGGUGGAGAAGCAGACCGUCCCUCUCUCCCUCCUCCACCUCACCCUGCCCCCACAGCCUCCUCCUCCCCCUCCCCCCACCGCUGCCCAGGAGACCCUCCCCCAGCCCGGUCAGCACGCCAACCAGGAGAGCCAGCCGGUCUCUGUGUCGAUCGCCCCGGCAACCGUAACCAUGGCUGCACCGCCGCAACCCAUCCAAGCAGCUGUUGUUGUUGUGGGGUCCAUGGAGCAGAACCCGAACCCAAAUCCCAAUCCCAACACUAACCAGGUGAGAAAGAACCACGCCUGUGAGGCCUGUGGGAAGGCCUUCAGAGACGUCUAUCACCUCAACCGUCACCGGCUGUCCCACUCGGACGAGAAGCCCUACUCCUGUCCCAUCUGCCAGCAGCGCUUCAAGAGGAAAGACCGGAUGAGUUACCAUGUGCGCUCACACCAGGGCGGUGUGGAGAAACCUUACAUCUGUCCGCACUGUGCCAAGGCCUUCUCCAGACCGGACCACCUGAAUAGUCAUGUUCGACAGGUGCACUCUACAGAGAGACCGUUCAAGUGCACGACGUGCACGUCGGCGUUUGCCACGCGGGAUCGUCUCCGAGCUCAUCUGAUCCGUCACGAGGAGAAGGUGCCGUGCCACAUCUGUGGGAAGCUGCUGUCUGCUGCUUAUAUCACCGACCACAUGAGGGUCCACAACCAGUCGCAGCACCACGCCUGUCACCUCUGCAACCGCAGCUUCACCACCCUCACCUACCUGCGGGUCCACGCUCAGAAGCACCAUGGCCAGGAGUGGAAGGAGAGCGGCGGGGCACGGGGGGGUUUCGGUGGGACGGGGGCCGGCGGGGUGCUGCUCUGUCAGCUGUGUGGGGUGCAGUGUAAGACAGCCACACAGCUCCAGGGUCACAUGGGCACCCACACCAACCAGGGCGACCCCAGCCCCGACCCGACGAGCACAGGCCCAGUGGGCACCACCAGUGUGGCUGUCACUGUGUCCAGUGCUAGCACAGUGGGACUGCUGGUAACUGACUGCUCCAGUAUCGCCCCCCAACCUCACAGCUAGCACGCUGGGGGGACGAGGGGGGGAGCUGGGGGUGGGACAGGGGGGAAUGGAGGCGGGGGAAUCUGGUAAAGGAGGACACAUGAAGGAGAGGACUGGACAGCAGCUAAACCAGAUUAUUCCUUAACAGACCGCCACAGGUGGACACAGACCGGGACAACCUGCCAUGGACAUCAUCUCUCCUCCUCAGUGUUGGCACGCGGUUUCAGAAGGACAGCGAGCCCAGGUUCAUCAGCAGUGUGAAACAGCUGACCUGCCUCCAACACUGAGAGGGACACACUUACUGUACAUGUUACAUACUGUACCAGACGAGUCAAAGCCAGGGAACAGAGCGUGGAUCAGACGAUAGGAAAACCUCUUUUCAUUGUUAAAGGAGGAAAAUAAAUGUGUAUUUUUAUUCAUAUGGCUUUAGCAGUUAGCUGUUUCUAUUCGCCAUCACUUCGUUGUUUUAUUUUUUAACUGACCCGCACAGCCUGUCAUGGUUUUGUAAAGCUGUCGCUGUUUUUACAUCUUUUAUAUUCCAUGAUAUCAGUGUUGGUUUACGAUGAGGACAUUGACCUGAAGACCUCAGUUAAAUGACUUAUCUCAGUUUCUCCCCUAAUUUAUUACAGAACAGUUUCUGGUUUGCCUUUGUCAGAUCCUUCAGAGCAGGGACGCCUCCAAACAGGACACGGGAACAAGUGUUUCAGAUGGGCCAUCGUGUACAUACACUUUACCAGAGCUGAUAAAGGCAAACUAAUAUUUGUUUGUGUAUAUUCUCCAUGAACAUUGAAUGUGCAUAACUUCUCUGCUUCAUAUAAUCUUUGUUCUUACUCUGGAUGCUGAUUUGUAAUUCUUGAAAAGGUAAAUUGCCAUGUACUUUGUAGCUACCUUGGUGACACAUUUUAUGUGGCUGUGCAUAUUGAUUGUACUUGAUGCAUAGUGCAUAGCGCCUCGUUACUACUGUAUUAAAAGGCAGUAAAAUGCAUGUGUGGAUUUAAGAUGAAAUGAUCUUCAUGGGUGUCUGAGUGCACUUUAUCCAUAUCUGUGGUGGAAAGUACCUAAGUUCAUGUACUUAAGCAUAAUUUUGAUACACUUUACUAAAGUAUUACUAUUUUAAACUACUACUUAUUAUUAAGCAGCUUUAGU